GCUACAUGUCUUUUUAACAGAGAUGCUUGCGGUCUUUCUAUUGAAUGAGCUUUCUCUCUCUCAAACUUGAAGUAUCACUUUAACUCUCUGUCUCCUUCUUUCUUUCAAUCCUCUGUUUUGGCUUGUUUCAAGUGCUAAUCUUGUCAUUCUCUAGAGAGUAUUAGUUGGGGAGGUGAAAAGGGCAAAGAAAAAAAUCAUUGAUUAUUGUUUCUGCUGUGCAAUAAUUUUCUGAGAGGGGAUGUGAAGCUCUUAUCAUUAAUCUGACAUUCUCAACAACUGUUUGUGGGGUUAGUUUUGUUUGAAGAACAACAGAUAUGUCUCAGACCAACUGGGAAGCUGAUAAAAUGUUGGAUGUGUAUAUCUACGAUUAUCUGGUGAAAAGAGAUUUAAAAGCUACAGCUCAGGCUUUCCAAGCUGAAGGCAAAGUGUCAUCGGAUCCAGUCGCUAUUGACGCACCUGGUGGAUUUCUCUUUGAGUGGUGGUCUGUCUUCUGGGAUAUAUUUAUUGCUAGGACCAAUGAGAAGCAUUCUGAGGUUGCAGCCUCUUACAUUGAGACACAGAUGAUUAAAGCGCGAGAACAGCAAAUGCAGCAAUCUCAACACCCACAGGUCUCACAGCAGCAACAACAACAACAGCAGCAGCAAAUACAGAUGCAACAACUCUUGUUGCAACGUGCCCAACAACAACAGCAACAGCAGCAACAACAUCAACAUCAACAGCAAAACCAACCACCUUCUCAACAGCAGCAGCAGCAGCCAGCUCCUCAACACCAGCAGCAGCCAACACCACAGCAGCAGCAGCCACAGAGGAGAGAUGGGUCUCUCAAUGCAAAUGGCUCAGCAAAUGGACUUGUUGGUAAUAAUGGCGACCCGGUUAUUAGGCAAAAUCCUGGGUCUGGGAGUGCCUUAGCUAAUAAUAAGGCAUACGAGGAGAGGGUCAAAAUGCCUACUCAGAGAGAGUCUUUAGACGAGGCUGCUAUGAAGCGGUUUGGGGACAAUGCUGGGCAACUGUUGGAUCCUAAUCAUGCAUCGCUGUUGAAAUCUUCUGGAGCUUCUGGACAACAUGCAGGGCAAGUGUUACAUGGUGCAAGUGGUGGUAUGUCUCCACAGGUUCAAGGUCGAAACCAGCAACUUCCUGGAUCUGCAGUGGAUAUAAAAAGUGAGAUCAAUCCUGUGCUCACUCCCAGAACCGCUGUUCCAGAAGGGUCCUUGAUUGGAAUCCCUGGUAGGUUUUGGUUAAGCGUGUCAAAUGUAGUAAAACUAUUUUCAGCUCGCAAGAACUUGAUUAUGAUCUUGUUUCCUGUUUCAGGCUCAAAUCAAGGCAGCAACCUUACACUUAAAGGUUGGCCACUCACUGGGUUUGAUCAGCUUCGUUCUGGUCUUCUUCAACAGCAAAAACCGUUUAUGCAGUCUCCGCAGUCAUUUCACCAGCUCAACAUGUUGACUCCGCAGCAUCAGCAACAGCUCAUGAUGACUCAACAGAAUCUAAACUCACAAUCCGUCAAUGAAGAGAACAGGAGACUAAAAAUGCUACUGAACAACAGGAGCAUGAGCCUUGGAAAAGAUGGCCUUGGGAGUUCAGUCGGGGAUGUGUUGCCUAAUGUUGGGUCGUCUUUACAACCUGGCGGUCCUCUUUUGCCUCGUGGAGACACUGAUAUGCUACUAAAGUUAAAGAUGGCUUUGUUACAUCAGCAGCAACAGCAGGGUGGUGUAAAUCUACCACAGCCGCAGACACUUAAUCAGCAGGCCCUAUCAAACCAGCAAUCACAGAGCUCAAAUCACAACAUUCAUCAACAAGAUAAGUUGGGAGGGGUUGGUAGUAUUACAAUGGAUGGUAGCAUGUCAAAUUCUUUUAGAGGAAGUGAACAGGUACUGAAGAAUCAGAGUGGGAGGAAAAGAAAGCAACCAGUUUCGUCUUCUGGACCAGCCAAUAGUACAGGAACGGCUAACACUACUGGACCAUCGCCAAGCUCAGCACCUUCUACACCUUCAACUCAUACUCCUGGAGAUGUGAUGCCUAAUCUGCCUCAUAGUGGUGGUUCAUCCAAACCAAUGAUUAUGUUUGGCUCUGAUGGAGCUGGAACUCUUACAUCUCCAUCAAAUCAGUUGGCUGAUAUGGAUCGGUUUGUAGAAGAUGGGUCACUUGACGACAACGUUGAGUCUUUUUUAUCCCAUGAGGAUGGUGAUCAAAGGGAUGCCGUUGGACGGUGUAUGGAUGUUAGUAAAGGUUUCACGUUUACUGAAGUGAAUUCAGUACGUGCGAGCACAAGCAAAAUCACCUCUUGCCACUUCUCAUCGGAUGGAAAAAUGCUUGCUAGUGCCGGACACGACAAGAAGGCUGUUAUAUGGUACACAGACACUAUGAAGCCAAAGACCACCCUUGAGGAGCACACAGCUAUGAUAACAGAUGUUCGUUUUAGCCCGAGCCUGCCUCGCCUUGCAACUUCUUCGUUUGACAAAACUGUCAGGGUUUGGGAUGCUGAUAAUAAAGGCUACUCCCUUCGUAAUUUCAUUGGACAUUCUUCUAUGGUGACGUCACUUGACUUCCAUCCCAACAAGGAUGAUCUCAUAUGUUCAUGUGACAAUGAUGGCGAAAUAAGGUACUGGAGCAUCAACAAUGGUAGUUGCACAAGAGUGUACAAGGGUGGUAGCACUCAGAUGAGGUUCCAACCACGUGUUGGAAAGUAUCUCGCAGCUUCAUCAUCAAAUGUUGUAUCAGUACUUGACGUUGAGACACAAGCUUGUCGACACUCUUUACAGGGCCAUGCUAAUCCGAUAAACUCUGUUUGCUGGGAUCCUUCUGGUGACUUCUUGGCAACGGUUAGUGAAGAUAUGGUGAAAGUUUGGACGCUGGGGACAGGUAGUGAAGGAGAAUGUGUUCAUGAGCUAAGCUGCAAUGGCAACAAAUUUUCGUCUUGUGUUUUCCAUCCGACUUACCCUUCACUACUCGUAAUUGGUUGUUACCAGUCUUUAGAACUAUGGAACAUGUCAGAGAACAAGACGAUGGCGUUGCCUGCUCACGAAGGGCUAAUUGCAUCAUUGGCUGUUUCUACUGCAACUGGAUUGGUUGCAUCAGCUAGUCACGACAAGCUAGUGAAGCUGUGGAAGUGAAAAUCAACGGGGGGAAAGGCCAAGCUUCGUUUAUGUUUAGGUAUUAUUCUUCUCAGCGGGGGUUCUUUUAACUUUUGUAGUUCUUUCUCGGCCAAUCAUCUUCGAUCUCAGGAUAGUUUUUAUCAGAUGGUUAGACAGUGUUGUAUGAUACUGACGCAAUUGGGAUCUUGUCAAAACUGUUGUUGUAAUCUUAGUUUUUAACCUCUUA